AUGGCGAGCUGCUCCAGGAAAAGAAUAUUGGUAGGUUGCACUGGGAGUGUGGCUACGAUCAAGCUGCCCCAGCUGGUGGAAAUGCUGCGACAGAAUAAUCUGGAAGUGAGAGUAGUUGUGACGGAGAGAGCCAAACACUUCCUGAAGGAUGCUCAGCUGCCACCCGAUAUCCAGGUCUUAUCUGAUACAGUGGAGUGGGCUGCCUGGCAGGAUCGUGGUGAUCCGGUGCUGCACAUAGAUCUCGUGAAAUGGGCGGAUGUAUUCGUGAUAGCGCCGUUGGAUGCUAACACCCUGGGCAAGAUUGCCAGUGGCAUAUGCGACAAUAUUGUUACCUGCGUGGCACGCGCAUGGGAUCCUUCAAAGCCACUCCUCUUCUGCCCAGCAAUGAAUACCAGGAUGUGGGAGCAUCCAGUUACAAUGCCUCAAGUAUCGCUGCUCAAAUCCUGGGGUUAUAAAGAAGUGCACUGCGUAUCCAAGACGUUGAUGUGUGGUGACGUGGGCAUGGGCGCAAUGGCCGAAGUAGACACGAUCGUGCGAUUCACUCUGCGAGCCUUGAAUCCCUGGAUGGAUCAGUCGAAUUUGUGUCCCUAGCAGCGGCUGAGAUCGGCCUCCUCGUGCGAGCCUCGUCGACGACCCCGCGAGUAUCGAUGAAGCUCUGUCACGUCGAGAGCGCGAUUUCCA